AUGAAUCCUAAGAUUCCUGAAACAAUAAUAUUUGCAUCGUGUAAAAAUACAGUUUCAUCAUUGGCAUCACUUGUUCCUUCAGCAUCAAAGGAGGAGAUUACAAUGAAACUUAAACAAUAUGGAUUCAGUUAUACAGAUUCAUAUCCAAUUCGUAUAGCUAAACGUCGUACUAUACCACUUAUUCCUCCAUCACCUAUACAAUCUACACCUCAAUGGAAGUUGAUCAGACCAAGACCACCUGAUUUUCCAUUUGAUUCAUCUAACAAUAAUAAUUUACAAAGUAAUAAAGAGAAAGAACCUAUACGUUCAUUACUUCUAUGGACACCUAUACAAGAGCAUAUAUUUUAUGAACCAGUGAAAGUUAUAACAAGUCCGCCUACUUCUACUGCUGAAUCAGUUUAUAUGUCAAGUUCUUCACCUGAUACAGGAAAACAAAUUAGUGGGACAUUAAAAACUAGAUCAAAUUCUCAAGCAUCACCAACACGUCGUCGACGUGAAUCCAUUUCAAAUAAUCCAAGUCCAUCUAGAUCUCAAAAAAGGGGUUCACGUGAAGACAUACUAAAGAAAGGGAUGACAAGUAAAUCAAAAGAAGCUAAAGGACAGAAUAAAACUCCAGAAACAAGUGGAAGUAGUCAACAAAAUUCUAGUUCACGUACAAACAAUUCAUUACACAUGAAAUCAUGCAGUGAAGAUAUUGUACCUGAAGUAUCAAUAACAACUAGUUCUGUAACGAAUCCUAAAGAAAUAUGGCUUGAUAUAAAAGAUUUUUGUGAAAUAUUCAAGACAGUGACCAUUUAUCAUAAGCCAAAUACAUAUUCAAUUGUGAAAACAUAUUCCAAUUUAAAACCAUCUGAUCAAUCAAAAGUACAUUAUUUAUUUUGUGAUAGUAUUCAACCAUGUGAAAUUAUUCUUCAAUUCUCAGUUAUUUAUCAAUGGCCAUUACCUAUUGCGAAACAUUUAACUCCAUCUACUUAUUCACGUGGUAUUACUUGUAUGCCUGAAACAGAUGAAACAUCAACAAUACCAGUAAAUGAACAUAGUAGUACACAUUUCUUACCGAUAACUACGACAUCAGCUUCAUUUAUACAAGAGAAUAAUUCAAAUUCACAAUAUAAUUCACCUGAUAAUUUACAAUCUACAACUUAUGGUAUGAAUCCAUCAAUACAAACAUUACCAUCUACAUCAUCUACAUCUAUAUCUAAUCAUCCAUCUACACUUUUAAUUGAAUCUUAUCAUUGGAAUAAAUCAAUACAAGGUGAUCCAAUGAAAUAUCUUGAAACAACUGGUACUAAUUCUAUAUCAUUAUUAUUAACAUUUAGUCGAUAUUGUUAUAAAUUAAUCAUUUAUGCACCAUUAGGUUAUGUUAUCACUAUUCUUGGACGUCAACGUUCAUCAAUUCAUAUCAAUAAUCAAUUCAUUCAAUUAUCUAAUAAAGAUAUUCAUCAAUCAAUCAAUAUAUUAUUUGAUGAUUAUGAUUAUAUAUUAUUAAAUGGGAUUACAAUCUGUCCAUUAUUAAUUAAAUAUUAUGCAAAUCAAUUGAUUCAGUGUAUGUAUAAUAUUGGACAAUCUAUAGAAAUAUUAGUACAUUUAACUGAGAUCUAUGUAUCUUACAUGACUACCAACACCAUCACCACCACCACCAACACCACCAACACCACCACAACUACCACCACUACCACUACUCAUAGUAACAAUAAUAAUAGUAGUAUUAUAAUAAAUAAUACAGAAUUGAAUGAAUUAGAAUUUAAAGAAAAAUUUACAAAUGCUAUAAACAAUUUAAUUACUAAAGAAAAUGAACUUAAACAAUUAUUAUCUAUAUGGCCUAAUCAAAAAAUAAUUAAACCAACUUUAUUGUUAAUACUACAACGUUUCACUGAAAAUUCUGGAACGUCCGAUAUGAAUUAUGCUUGGCGUAUAUUACAAACAGAUUUUAUUACAAUCAAUCCAUUUCGAGUAGUUUAUAGUCAUGAAACGGUUUCAAAUCCUGCUCCUUCAGUUAUAACAAAACAAAAAUCAAAAGUGCUUAGUUCACGUGGAGAGAAAGCUAAUCAAUCAGUUAAAAUUAAUCCAAUUGAAGAAACAAUUAUUAAUCGUUGGAAUCAACCAAUCAUUAAUCCUGAUCUAUUAAUUGCUAUAGUACGUAUACAAUCAUUCUAUCGUGGUUGUCGUAUUCGAAAUACAAUACGUUUAAGUCAAACCAAAUAUCUAAUAGAAACUUUAUUAUCUAUCAUCAAUUCACAGAAUAAAUCAAAUAUAGAUAAUAAUCAUUUGAUGCAUAAGCGAUCAUUAUUAAGAAUUAAACGUUUAUCAAUUGGUUGGAUGUCUUGUUUAAAUGUAUUACAACAAGGUCAUUUACAAUGUGAGGCGGGAAAUCGAUUAAUUGAAAACUUAAUUCUUACUAAUUCCAAAACUACUACUGAUAAUAUUAAUAAUAAUAGUAGUAUACAAAAUAAAUUAUAUAAAGAUAUGAAUUCUUAUUUAAGUAUUAAAGAAUAUUCUGGUAACUAUGGUGAUAUACCAUCACCAUGUCCAAUGCAUCAUACAGGAUCAGAAUUACAUCAUAUGAAUCGAUUACAUAAUUCAUUACAUCAAGAUUGGAUUCAUUUAUUAUUUCGUGAUUGUAUUUAUUCAUCAAAAUGUUUAAAAAAUGAGAGCAUAAUAAUCAAUGAUGAAGAAGAAAUUCAAUAUUCAUUUCGUUUAAAAACUACUAUACCGGAUAGUUAUAUCCUAUUGAUCAAUAAUGAUAAUGGUGAAAUCAUUCAUCCAUCCAUUGAAUAUCCUUAUAGUUGGUUAAAUCUUAACGAAAAUAAACAUGGAUAUAGUUUAUUAGGAUUAGUAACUAAUCAUAUAACACCUAUAUCAAAUGGUAAAUGGAAUUUACAAUUAUUAGGACCUGGUAUCAUUGGUAAUGAAAAUCUUCCUAAACCAUUAAAUACAACAUUAAAUUUAUGGUCAAAUUUUCAUAUUAUUGAAUUAGAAGAUUAUUAUGAACCAAAUCGGAAAAAUCUAUUAUUUCGACGUAGAAUUAUAGCUUCUAAUGAUAGUUUGAUAACGGUUCAUUUACGAUUAUCUGUACCAAAUGUUUAUACGCGUUUAUGCAUUAAAAUGGGCAAUAAAGAAAUGAUCUCUGCUGAAGGUUUUGGUGCAGCAUGUAUUUUUGCUUAUAUUAUAUUAGCUGAUACAAUAAUAGAUGACAGAAAUAGUCAAACAUCUAAUUCAGGACGUCUAUUAGAAGUGAAUAAAGGUGACAAUGUCAAGUUAAAUAUAAAAGAUGUGACCAAUUCAAAAGUUAUAUCGAAUAAAUUGAAUACUACUAAAGUAUCUCCAAGAAGAUCUGCAUCAGUGAAGAAAAAUAUGAAACCGGGAAGUAGUUCUGGCAGUUCAACUGGUGGUAGUACAACAGGAAGUGGUCGAGGUUCUAGUAGUACUAAUAGUGCUAAUAUAGAGCGAUCAAAUCAAUAUGAACAAUUCAAUUCCAGUUCACCACAUUCACAUAGAUCAGAUAGUCAGCAAAUAGAAGGAGAAAAAGAAGAAGAACGAUAUUAUUGGAUUGAAGCUUAUGUAGAUGGUAAAAAUUGGCCAUUGAGUAUAAGUAAUUGGGCAUUUUUAGAAGAACAGCGUUGUAAUAAACUUGAAGAGUGUCAAGUAAAUAAUACAACUUCUCGAAAUACUUCAGCUGAUAAAAGUUCUGACAGUAGAACUAUUAAAUCAGCAACAAAAUCACCUGGAAACAAAACAAUUGGUAUCACUGGUCAAAAAUCUGGUUCUACACGUGGUACUUCAGCAAAAAUUGAUUUUAAUCAAGCUCAUUGGAAAAUGAGAAUAAUAUGUAAUAAUUCUAAUGACAUUAAAAUCAUUAAUAUGGAUAAUAAAAUAUUAGAAAUUAAAGCUUUAAAAAGAGCUUGGGAAGAAAUGGAACCUGGUAGAGCAAUAAGAGCUGAAUUAUCAAGAGCCCGUUAUCUUGAAGAAUAUGGUCUAAUAAAUAAAUUGGAUAAUAAAACUAUUGUAGAUGAUUCAGGAUCGACGAUCACAAUUAAAUCUGAUGAUAAUCUAAUACAAAUGAUAAAAGAUCAUUCUCCAUUAGAUCACACUUUGUUAUUAGAUCCAUCUCAAAUUUAUAUUUUAAAAUUCCCACCAGAAUUAAAUCGUACACUUUAUCCAAUUCAAUUAAUGAAUUUAAACAAAUUCUAUCAUCAUUUCAAUGAGAUUGAAUGUAAACGUAUUGAACAAGUUCAAUCUAUUAUGAAUUCUUAUUCAAUGAAUCCAUGGUUUAUUCUAGAAUAUUCUUUAAAACAAAUUCAAUGUUUAUCUUAUAAAAAUUUAAAUGACAUUUUAAAAUUCAAAUAUCAAUUAUUUAAUGAUUAUUUAAAAAAUUUAAAAUUUGAAGAUUUAAAUUUAAAAAAAAACAAAAUCAAUAUAAACAAAAUUAUAUUGAUUUAUUGA